AUGUCAGUAAAGGAAGAACUAAAUCAGUUGGAAAAGGAAUUACUUGCAAAGAAUCCGCAGGAUGUUUUGCAGUUUUGCGCCAACUAUUUUAAUCAGAAGUUGGAAUCUCAAAGGAAAACUUUGUGGGCACAGCAACCGAUGGCCAAGGCUGCCGGUAUUGAACUUUUUCCUAAGGUUGAAGAUAUAAAAACCUCGAGACAACCCAGCUUCAAGUCACCAUUCGGUGAGAAUGAUCCUCACCUGAAUCAUAAUGAAGUGCUGGAUAAUUUAUUCAAGGGUGGAUUCGCUGUCAGUAAUCGUACAGCUCCGAAGCUCUCACGAGAGGUAGAUCCUAAUGAACUGUCGUCUCAACCGCAACCCUUAUUACAACCUCAAUCGAAACAAAUUCCAGUUGCAUUCAAUGCUAAUAGAAGAACUUCAGUUUCUGCUGAGGCAAUGAAUCCCGAUAAAUUCAAGACUGACAGUUGGAAACCACCUAAGAAUGAUUUAACACCAAAACAAAGAGAUGAGUUAGGUAAUUCUUUGUCUUCGAACUUUCUAUUUCGCCAACUAGAAGAUGAUUCUCGAACAACGGUUCUUGAGGCUUUGACCAAAAAGACAUUCAAGAAAGAUGACCAAAUAAUUAGACAGGGUGAUGAAGGUGACUACUUCUACAUAAUUGGGUCAGGAACUGUCGAUUUCUACGUCAACGGUGCUAAGGUCAAUUCUAGUGGAGAAGGUUCUUCUUUUGGUGAAUUAGCGUUGAUGUAUAACUCUCCAAGGGCUGCGACUGCAAUAGCAUCGUCUGAUCAAGUAACAUGCUGGGCAUUGGACAGGUUGACAUUCCGCAGAAUUUUAUUGGAAGGAACAUUUAAUAGAAGAUUGAUGUAUGAGGACUUCUUGAAGGAUGUCGAAAUAUUGUCUGGUUUAUCUAACCAAGAGAGAUCCAAGUUAGCCGACGCUUUAAGUACCGAAAUAUACCAUAAAGGUGACAUCAUUGUUAAAGAAGGUGAAGAGGGUGAAAACUUUUACUUUAUUGAACGUGGUAACUGUAAGGUUUAUAAAGAAGGAACUGGUGUUUUGACACAUUUACAAAAAGGUGAUUAUUUUGGUGAAGUUGCGUUAUUGAAGGACUUACCAAGACAAGCUACUGUCGAAGCUUUGGAUACUGUUGUUGUCGCCACUUUGGAUAAGUCUGGUUUUACGAGAUUGUUAGGUCCUGCUGUUGAUGUUUUGAAAUCUAAGGAUCCAACGAAAUAA